CGCGGUCAGGCCACGGUCAAACAAUGUUUCUCCUCCUUUUGUUGGCAAGUCUUUCAGGGGGUUCCCGCCCCCAAAACACCUCCUUUUCAACUCCGUCGGGGGGAGGGAGCGGGUGCAUUCUGCUCUCCGUUCGUGUCCUAAGGACAUUCAGUCCAAAUCGACGAAUGAAACCCGUACAGUGCGCUUGAAUGGUGUGAACGGCUUAGCGGCGGGUAUCCUCUGAGCUAACAGCACUAUUCGCUCUCUUCGCAGCAGCAAGAUACGUAAAAUGGUCGGGAUCCCCGGCGCUUUUCAGUACUGCGGAGAGAAGAAGAACCCUGCCAUGCCCGGUUCCCCCGUGGAGGUCAAAGUUCACGCCAGACCAGCGCAGUCCGCCAUGCCGCCUCUCCCGUCCGUCAAUCCGAGCGGGCCCCACCCGGUCUCCUUCUCCUCCACCUCUCUGACCAACGGGAUGAACCACUCCCCGCCUACCUUAAAUGGUGUGCCGUCCCCACCCCAGCGUUACAGCAGUGACCCUUCCUGCUCCUCCUCCUCCUCGCUGGCCAAUCAGCAGCUCCCGGCCACCUGCGGGGCCAGGCAGCUGAGCAAGCUGAAGCGCUUCCUGACCACGCUGCAGCAGUUCGGCAACGACAUCUCGUCUGAGAUCGGGGAGAGUGUGCGCGGCCUGGUCCUCGCAUUGGUGAACUCGACCAUCACCAUUGAAGAGUUCCAUGCAAGGCUGCAGGAAGCCACCAACUUCCCCCUACGCCCCUUCGUCAUCCCGUUCCUAAAGGCCAACCUGCCCCUCCUGCAGAGGGAGCUCCUGCACUGCGCCCGUGCGGCCAAGCAGACGCCCGCCCAGUACCUGUCCCAGCACGAGCACCUCCUCCUGAGCGGCGCCGUGGCGUCCUCCCCCGACUCCUCCGAGCUGCUGGAGCCCAGCGACGCCGCCAAGAGACACACCCCUGACCGGGCCAAAGAGAACGGCUUCCACCCCCGCCCGGCCAGCGUCCUGGAACCCCCGGCUAAACGAGUGUGCACCAUCAGCCCCGCUCCCCGGCACAGCCCCGCCCUGCCCCUCCCCCUGGGCUCUCAGCUCCACCCCACGCCCCCGCCCCUGCAACACUACGCCAUGGAGGACAUUGCUUUGCCUCACCUGCACUGCGACUUACAGCGCCCCCUGGAGUCCAGAGACCUCAAGGACAGGCCACGCCCAGGCACAAACAAGGGCUACCGCGAGGAGCCGGUGGACCACAGGUUGACGGACAGGGAGUGGGCAGACGAAUGGAGACACCUUGAUCACGUGCUGAACUGCAUCGUGGAGAUGGUGGAGAAGACACGGCGGUCAGUCAGCGUGCUGAGGAGGUGCCAGGAGUCUGACCGCGAGGAGCUCAACUACUGGAGGAGGCGCUCGAGCGAGCAGGAGGAGGUGCGCAAGAGCGGGCAGCCCCUCCCCAAGGCCCGCAGCCCCCACAGCAGGGAGGCUCUUCACACAGACUCCCAGCUGACUUCCCGGUCCGGACUGGGGUACGUCCCUGAUGAGAUCUGGAGGAAAGCAGAGGAAGCGGUGAACGAGGUGAAGCGGCAGGCGGUGGACGAAGUGCAGAAGGCGGUGGUCGACGCGGAGCAGAAGGCUUUGGAGAUGAUCGCCACCGAGCGUGCCAAGAUGGAGAAGACCCUCGCCGAAGCCAAGCAGCAAGCAGCCAAAGACGCCAUCCUGGUCAUCAACGAGCAGGAAGACUCCAGCGAGAGCUGCUGGAACUGCGGGCGCAAGGCCAGCGAGACGUGCAGCGGCUGCAACGCCGCCCGUUACUGCGGCUCCUUCUGCCAGCACAAGGACUGGGAGCGCCACCACCUCAUCUGCAGACCAGGGCUCCAGGCCCAGCCCAAACCCGCUGGGGCCGCCCCGCCCGGCCCGGCCCCCGGCCCCGAGAAGGGCCCCUCCGCCUCCCGCUCGUCCACGCCGGCAUCGGCCACGCCCUCGGAGACCAACGGCCACUGAGACGCUCGCCGCCGCGGAAACGGGGCGCGCUUCGUUUGGACAGGCCGGGGGAGGGGAGGGACGCGGGGAGAGACGGACAGUCUUGGCCUCGCCCACGCCUCUGCUCCCCCGGCACGACGGGGAUGUUUAAAUGGAAAUUUCCGUUCCUGAGUUUUACAUGCAGAACUGAACUUUCAGGCUUUAGCCAAAACCGAUUUAGUUCACAGUGUAACGCACGCGCGUCUCCCCCGCUGGGUUGCGUGUAUGAUACAAAGGGAACUCUGAGAAGAAAAGACUUGACUCGUGUUCCCUUCAUUAAAUGUACUCACCGUCAAGUAGACAAGAGCAUUCAACAGCUGGCUUCUGCUCUUGCUUUGGGACACAUUCGGUGUGUGAGGCUCUUCUGUAUUUUUAUGUGUGGCUUACGCCGUUGGUUGCUUGCUUUUUGAGUGUUGUUCCAGACGGCAACAUAAAAUUAAAUAAUAAUAUUUGGGAGACCAAACAAUUGUUUAACCAAAGUUUUCUGUUAAUAAAAUACUUCCUCAUUCAUAUUUGUAUUUGGCUCUUAAGCACAGGAAAGAAACUGCUUAAACAUGGCUUGUGUUGAAUCUCUUUCUGAUACAUGAACCCAUUAAAGGUGCUGCCAGUCACUGAGUAUUGGUUCAGAACUGUAAGCCACCAAUUACACACUCCAUCCACCCUUGGAAAAAUGCUCCCCGAUCACUGUGUUCCACUAGCUUGGUGUUUAAUACAUAUGUACAAUACAUAUGUUUAAUAUGUCCAUUUGUCCAUAUCCAUUUCUAUUCUGUUAGGUGUUUGUGUAGAACACUGUGUUUACUCAUGCAUACAGUUAACAUAUGAAAAAUGGAAACCAUGUAAAAUACAAACCACAGAAACAUCUUUUUUUUUUUUUUUUGUGCAAAUGUUCACUUCCUGGAUAAGCUUUACCUUCGUAUGGGCUUUAAAUCUCAGGACUAUACUGUACAUUGUUAAUGUCUAUUAAAUGCAUAUGAAAAUAA